AUGGGAGUCCACGAGCCUGCCCGCUUCCUGGCCCCGGCAUUCCCGCCUCGAAGCAUCAAGACCGUCAUCCUCUCCUUCGUCGGCACUUGCUUCUUCUUCUCCUUCUACCGCCUCUCUCGCAUACCCGACGCCCGCUACUACCCCCACUACAUCUACGACCACAUCGCCAGCUACCUCGAGCCCGGCGUCUACAACAACACUCUCUAUCAAAAUGGCACCGAGGCCGCCGUCCAUGCCCACUGGAACUUUAGCCAACCAUGUCAGAACUUUCCGAGCACAGAGGACAUCACGAUUGUCAUGAAGACGGGCGCCACCGAGUCCUUUGACAAGAUGCCCACCCAGCUUCUCACCAGCCUCCAAUGCAUUCCCGACUUUUUGCUCUUUUCCGAUUUGGAACAACAAAUUGGGAAGUACCACAUCUACAACGUCCUCGACCGCGUCGAAGACAUCCUCAGCAGCGACCGCGCCGAGUUUCUCCUCUACCAGGCCCAGCAAGACUGUCCCAUCUCCCAGAAAGAAUGCACCGCCGACAUGCCUGGAGGCUGGGAUCUCGACAAGUACAAGUUCCUCAACAUGAUCCUCCGCACAUGGGAAAUGCGCCCCUCCAGAAAGUGGUACGUCUUUGUCGAGGCCGAUACCUACAUUGUCUGGUCCAACCUCAUCCACUGGCUCAACACCCGCAUGGACGCCUCCAAGGACAUUUACGUCGGUGGCAUCGCCUUUUUGAACAAUCUGCCCUUUGCCCACGGAGGUACCGGCUACGCCAUUUCCGGUGUCCUGCUCGAACGGCUGGUCGCCCAUGUCAAGGACAUUCCCGCCAAGGAUCUAAACGACCUGGCCAUGCAUACCUGCUGCGGCGAUGCGCUGCUGGCCGACGUCAUUGACAAGCUUGGAGUCUCCGUGCUGAGGGCAUCCCCCAUGUUCAACGGCGAGAAGCCCAACACGCUCCCCUUUAGCGGCCGUGACUGGUGUCAGCCGCUCUUCACCUUGCAUCACAUGAACUCGGAGGAGAUCAGCGGCGUCUGGCAGUACGAGCAGACGCGAACCAAGACAGAGCCCAUGCAGCUGCGCGACAUCUACCACGCCUUUGUCGGCCCCAACCUGGUGCCGCGCCGUCCGCAAUGGAACAACCUCGCCGAUCAACACUGCUUCUCCAAGCCCGAGGACGGUAAAAACGUCAUUGAGAAGCACGCGCACGAGUCCGCCGAGGCCUGCUCCCGCGUCUGUCUCUCCGAGGGGCUCAACGUCGAUGCCGACGCCUACGAGAAGCUCAAGACGGACGAUGAGCGCGACUGGUACCUGCGACAACGCUACCGCCGACAGACGGCCACCAAGCGCAAGAGCAAGAACCGCUCAUGCUUUACCUGGCGCUACCGCGGCGGCACCUGCUGCACCAGCGACACUUUCCGCAUGGGCUAUCCCGUCGCCGCCAAGAAGGAGGAGGACGCCACCAGCGGCUGGUUCGUCGACGGCAUCGAGCGUUGGAUCCAGGAUCACGGCCAGUGUACCGGAGGCACUGAGUGGGUAUCGCCCACCUGCGUUGGCAAGUGGUGUCCGGACGAGAUUGAAAAGACCAAGAAGCAGAUGGAGGAUGAUCGCAAGUCAAAAGAGGAGAUGCUCAAAAAGUUUGGCCUAAAGCCCGCCGAGCCGGGCGAGCCGAAUGCGCAAAAUCCUGAGGGCCUAAAAUGA